AUGACCACUUUGGACGAAGAGAGAAUUACAUAUCCAAAACUUGAUGAUUUAAUUGAACAACAUCAACAACAGCAACCAGAGCAACAACCAUUGACACCCACUUCUAUACCAUCGACUGCAUCUCAAGGGUUGUUUGUAGAUGUUGAUAGUGAAAAUGGUAAAUUAAAGCAAAGAAAACAAUCACAACAACAACAACAGGUGUCGACAUCUGUUUCAUUCAAUAAACAACAAGAAGAAGAAGAAGAAGAAGAGUAUAAUAAUAGUAAUGAAAAUAGUUUAAAUAAUAAUAAUAGUAAAUCAAUAUUACAAUCAUCAAUCAAAGAGAAAUCAGCCGAUUUGAAGUCGAGAUACACUGCCGGUAAACGUCGUCAAGAAAUUGUUUCCGUAGUUUCAUUUGUCGUUCUCCUCUCAUUAUCGAUCGAAAAGAUGUUUUCAUGGUACUUUGCUCGAAACAUCUGGAUUUUCUUUUUGUCAACUGUUUUGGCAAUGUUGACUGCCGACUUUUUCUCUGGAAUAGUACAUUGGGCUGCUGAUACAUGGGGAUCUUUAGAUACACCAUUGGUUGGAAACAGUUUUAUUAGAUCGUUCCGUGAGCACCAUGUCGUUCCAACACAGAUGACCAAACACGAUUUCAUUGAGACCAACGGUGACAACUGUAUGUUGACCAUUCCAGUGUUGUUGUUCACUGCAUUCGCCAAGGUCAACGACGAUAGCUACGACAUGUUCCUCCAAUGUUUCUUGGUUCAACUAGCAUUCUGGGUUAUGUUGACCAACCAAAUCCACAAAUGGAGUCACACCUAUUCCCUACCAUCGUUCGUUUCCUUCCUUCAGAACUAUGGAAUCAUUCUUUCAAAGCGUGAUCAUGCUGUUCAUCAUAGAAAUCCAUUUGAUAAAUACUAUUGUAUUACAAAUGGUUGGUUAAAUCCAUAUUUAGCAUCUAUUGGUUUUUGGAAACGUUUGGAAGAGAUUAUCACUCAUUGCACUGGUGCUAUUCCGCGUGCUGACGAUCAAGCUUGGGCAGGUGACAAUGUUGAUGCUCCAUGUGAAUAA